GACUGACUAAAACUGACCUUUUUUUGGAUAGUUAAUUUUUGAGUGACUUUAUACUUUUUUUUAGUUACUUAGAAGUUAAAAAUAAAGAAAAAGUGAGUUACCUUUGUGUGUUAAAAUAAGUAUUCCAGUGGGUGGUUUUAAAAUUGAUUAAAUACCUACAUAAGUGAAUAGGUAGUUUGUGAGUUAGCUGACUACCAACUGCUACGGAGAGCAAGAUAUGUACAAAGCUAUCAUAUUCCUGACAUUGAUAGCAGCGUCAUCAGCCCAGUACCUGCCAAAUGGCUGUCCUUCGAACUUCCACAUACAUCUCCUGCUGCCACACGAGACGGACUGCUCGAAGUACUACAGUUGCAGCAAUGGAAACAAAAUAGAGAUGACCUGCGGGCCAGGCACGUGGUUUGAUGCUAAUACACAAGUGUGCAACUGGCCAUUCGCAGUACAAUGUUCAACACCAUCAACAACAACUACAACAGCUUCAUCAACAACAUCAUCAACAACAACAGAAGCAACAACAGAGUUCUUACCGAACGGCUGUCCGGCUAACUUUGGCAUCCAUCAUUUGUUGCCACAUGAAACUGAUUGUUCUAAAUAUUAUAGUUGUAGUAAUGGAGUUAAGAUUGAAAUGCCUUGUGGGCCAGGGACCCUGUUUGACUUUGCGUCACAGACAUGCGACUGGCCACACGCAGUAACCUGCUACCCAGGCGCUACAACAUCAGCUCCAACAACAUCAACAUCAUCAACACCAACAGCCCCGUCAACAACACCACCAUCAACAGAGUUCUUACCCAACGGUUGUCCAGCAGACUUUAGCGUACAUCUCUUACUGCCUCAUGAGACGAACUGUGCUAAAUUCUAUAGCUGCAGCAACGGAAGGAAAGUCCUUAUGUCGUGUGCACCUGGGACACUCUUUGAUUUUAAAGGACAGGGUUGCGACUUGCCAUUCUUAGUUGAAUGCGAACCGGGAGCCACUACGGGAGCACCUUCGACAACAACUGAAUCGGUAACAACAACAACUAGUACUCAAGCGCCAACAACAACUGAAGCGUCAACAACAACUAGUACCCAAGCCCCAACCACAACAACAACUGAAGCGCCAACAACAACUACGACUACUCAAGCGCCAACAACGACCGAAGCGCCAACAACAACUAGUGAAAUCCCAACAACAACAACUACUACUACUACUCAGGCCCCAAUUACAACUACGGCAGAGCCAACAACGACUACAGAAGCUUCAACAACUACACAAGCGCCGACAACAACAACUGAAUUGCCAACAACUAGUCAGGCGCCAUCAACAACCACGACUGAGGUUCCAAUUACAACAACAUCUACUCAAGCGCCAACAACAACAACUCAAGCCUCAACAACAACAACGACUGAACUUCCAUCAACAACAACGUCUGAACUUCCAACAACAACGUCUCCAGAGCCAACAACAACAGACUCCCCAACAACAACAACAAUACCCCCAAUAACAACAUCAACAACAGUUCCAACUACAACAACGGAGCCUGAUCUGCUACCCAACGGUUGUCCGUCAGACUUUAGCAUUCAUCAUUUGUUGCCACAUGAGUCUGACUGCGCGAAGUACUAUUCUUGUGUUAAUGGGAAGAAAGUUGAGCAGGAUUGUGCUCCGGGAACCUGGUUUGACUUUAAUUUGCAGCACUGCAGCUGGCCGUUCAUGGUGGAUUGUACCACAUCUACUACUGCAGCACCGUCAACAACAGCGGCAACAACAACAACUCCUGAGGUACCAACAACAACAACACAACUACCGAGUACAACAACACAAGUUCCCAUUACAACAACGACACAAGAGCCUGUAACAACAACUUAUGAGCCAACAACAACUGAGGAGGUUACAACAACACAAGUACCGAGUACAACAACACAAGUUCCCAUUACAACAACGACACAAGAGCCCGUAACAACUACAGAAGUACCUAGCACAACAACAACUGAGGAGGUCACAACAACACAAGUUCCGAGUACAACAACACAAGCUCCUAUUACAACAACGACACAAGAGCCUGUAACAACUACAGAGGUACCUAGCACAACAACAACUGAGGAGGUCACUACAACACAAGUACCGAGUACAACAACACAAGUUCCCAUUACAACAACGACACAAGAGCCUGUAACAACAACUUAUGAGCCAACAACAACUGAGGGGGUUACAACAACACAAGUACCAAGUACAACAACACAAGUUCCCAUUAUAACAACGACACAAGAACCUGUAACAACUACAGAAGUACCAACAACAACUGAGGAGGUCACAACAACACAAGUACCGAGUACAACAACACAAGUUCCCAUUACAACAACGACACAGGAGCCUGUAACAACUACAGAGGUACCAACAACAACUGAGGAGGUCACAACAACACAAGUACCGAGUACAACAACACAAGUUCCCAUUACAACAACGACACAAGAGCCUGUAACAACAACUUAUGAGCCAACAACAACUGAGGAGGUUACAACUACACAAGUACCGAGUACAACAACACAAGUUCCAAUUACAACAACGACACAAGAGCCUGUAACAACUACAGAAGUACCAACAACAACAACAACUGAGGAGGUCACAACAACACAAGUACCGAGUACAACAACACAAGUUCCAAUUACAACAACGACACAAGAGCCUGUAACAACUACAGAAGUACCAACAACAACAACAACUGAGGAGGUCACAACAACACAAGUACCGAGUACAACAACACAAGUUCCCAUUACAACAACUACGCAAGAGCCUGUAACAACAACGACUGAGGAGGUCACAACAACACAAGUACCGAGUACAACAACACAAGCUCCCAUUACAACAACAACAUAUGAGCCAACAACUGAAUGGGAACAGACAACCACUGAAGUUCCGAUUACAUCAACAACACAGGUGCCAACAACUACAACAACAGAUUUACCAACAACUCCAACACAGACAACAGAUUUUCCAUCAACUACGACUGAUGCUUUUACAACAACACAAGCAUCUAGUACAACAACAUAUGAGCCAACAACAGAAUGGGAUCAAACAACUACUGAUGUUCCUUCUUCAACAACAACACAAGCUACUACAACAACAGAUCUCCCAACAACUCCAACACAGUCUCCUAUUACAACUACAGAAGUUCCUAGUACAACAACUUAUGAGCCAACAACAGAAUGGGAUCAAACAACAACUGAUGUUCCUUUCUCAACAACAAGUCAAGCACCUAGUACAACAGCAGUCCCAACAACAUAUGAGCCAACAACAGAAGGGGAACAAAGUACAACAGAUGUUCCUUCUACAACAACACAAGCACCUAGUACAACAACUUAUGUGCCAACAACUGAAGUGGAACAAACAACUACUGACGUUCCUUCUUCAACAACAACACAGGCAACUACAACAACAGAUCUCCCAACAACUCAGACACAGUCUCCUAUUACAACAACACAAGUACCUAGUACAACAACUUAUGAGCCAACAACAGAAUGGGAUCAAACAACAACUGAUGUUCCUUUCUCAACAACACAGGAACCUAGUACAACAACUUAUGAGCCAACAACAGAAUGGGAUCAAACAACAACUGAAGUUCCUGUCUCAACAACAGAGCAACCCAGUACAACAACAUACGAGCCAACAACAGAAUGGGAACAAACAACUACUGACGUUCCUUCUUCAACAACAACACAGGCAACUACAACAACAGAUCUCCCAACAACUCAGACACAGUCUCCUAUUACAACAACACAAGUACCUAGUACAACAACUUAUGAGCCAACAACAGAAUGGGAUCAAACAACAACUGAUGUUCCUUUCUCAACAACACAGGAACCUAGUACAACAACUUAUGAGCCAACAACAGAAUGGGAUCAAACAACAACUGAAGUUCCUGUCUCAACAACAGAGCAACCCAGUACAACAACAUACGAGCCAACAACAGAAUGGGAACAAACAACUACUGAUGUACCUUCUUCAACAACAACACAAGCUACUUCAACAACAGAUCUCCCAACAACUCAGACACAAGCACCCAGUACAACAACUAAUGAGCCGACAACAGAAUGGGAUCAAACAACAACUGAUGUUCCUAUCUCAACAACCACACAGGCUACUAGUACAACAGCAGUACCAACAACAUAUGAGCCAACAACAGAAUGGGAACAAACAACUACAGAAGUACCUAACACAUCAACAACAGUACAGGUACCUUCUACAACAACACAGGUGCCUAGUACCACAACAACAGAUGUUCCAUCAACAACAACAUCAUGGGAUACUACCAUUGAUGACUCAACAUCAACUGAUGGACCAACAACUAUUGUGAUACCUAGUACAUCAACACAGGUACCUAUAACAACAACACAGGUACCUUCAACAACAACAUAUGAGCCAACAACAUAUGAGCCAACAACAUACGAGCCAACAACUGAAUGGGAUUCGACAACUACAGAUAUACCUGUAUCCACAACAACAGUUACUGAAGAGGUAUCUACAACAACACAGGGUUCCUCAACAACGCAAGAUCCUAUUACAUCAACACAAGUACCUACAACUCACGAACCUUCUACUUAUGAACCCUCAACUUAUGAACCCACUACUUACGAACCUACAACAACAGAGGGUCUCUCAACAACGCAAGGUCCUAUUACAUCAACACAAGCUCCAACAACACCUGAGGAACCAACAACAGUAACUGAAGAGGUCUCUACAACAACUCAGGGUUCAACAACAAAUGUGCCCACAACAACACAAGGUCCCAUUACAUCAACACAUCCAACAACUUUUGAACCUUCUACUUAUGAACCAACAACAACAGAGGGUCUCUCAACAACACAAGGUCCGAUUACAACAACUGUACCUACAACUUUUGAGCCCACAACCGAGUGGGUACCAACAACUACUACUUCUACAACUCAAGGUCCAAUCACAACAACUCAAAUACCUACAACAACAGAAUGGGAAUCUACAACAACAGAUGUUCCAUCAACAACAACAUCUUGGGACACAACCAUUGAUGACUCAACUUCAACUGAUGGACCAACAACUGUUGUGAUACCUACUACAUCAACACAUGUACCUAUAACAACACAGGGUCCUUCAACAACUGUUGGGUCUAGCACUUACGAACCAACAACGGAAUGGGAAUCUACAACAACAGAUAUUCCCACCUCAUCAACUUCACAAGUACCCUCAACAACAUUUGAGCCUACAACCAUUGAUGAUUCAAGUUCAACUGAUGGGCCAACAACUGUUGUGAUACCUACAUCAACAAAUGUACCAACAACAGGUGUGCCCACAACAACUGUUGGGCCUACAACAACAGAUUGGGAAUCUACAACAACAGAUGUUCCUUCUUCAACAACAAACCAAGUACCAACAACUUCACAGGUACCCUCAACAACAGUUGAACCUACAACCAUUGAUGAUUCAACUUCCACUGAUGGACCAACAACUGUUGUGAUACCUAGUACAUCUACACAAGUACCAACAACAGGUGUGCCCACAACAACUGUUGGGCCUACAACUUACGAACCAACAACGGAAUGGGAAUCUACAACAACAGAUAUUCCCACGUCAUCAACUUCACAACUACCCACAACAACACAAGUUCCUUCAACAACUGUUGGGUCUACCACUUACGAACCAACAACAGAAUGGGAUUCUACAACAAUAGAUGUUCCUUCUUCAACAACAGUUCAAGUACCCUCAACAACAUUUGAACCUACAACAUCAUGGGAAACUACAACCAUUGAAGAUUCGACUUCCACUGAUGGACCAACAACUGUUGUGAUACCUACAUCAACAAAUGUGCCAACAACAGGUGUGCCCACAACAACUCAGGAACCUAGUACAGUACCUGAUUCAACAACAGAAUGGUUACCUACUUCAACAACAUCGGAUGUGCCUUCUACUGUAACUACAGAGGUACCUACUACAGAAUGGAUUCCUACUACAAAUGUUCCGUCAACAACUUCGCAAGAUACAACAUAUGUGCCAACAACACAUAUUCCUACUACUACUGAGGGAUCAACUGAAACUGAUGUACCAACAACAUCUUGGCCAUCUACUUCAGAGGUUCCCUCAACAACUUAUAUACCGACAACACAGUCUUCCACAACAACACAGGGAUCAACAGAGUCUGAUGUACCAACAACAACUUUUGUACCAACAACUCAGGGACCCACAGAGACUGAUGCACCAACAACAGUAUGGCCAUCUACUUCAGAGGUUCCCUCAACAACAUAUGUGCCAACAACACAGGGAUCAUCUGAAACUGAUGUGCCAACAACAGCUUGGCCAUCUUCUUCAGUGGUGCCUACAACAACAAAUGUACCAACAACACAGUCUUCUACAACAACACAGGGAUCAACUGAAACUGAUGUGCCAACAACAGUCACUGAAGAGGUACCCACCACUUAUGAGCCAACAACGAUCGUUUUACCUACUACUACAACAACACAAGGAUCAACUGAAACUGAUGUGCCAACAACAUCUUGGCCAUCUACUUCAGAGGUUCCCACAACAACGCAAGGACCUACAGCCACUGAUGUACCAACAACAACAAAUGUACCAUCAACAUUUGAGCCAACAACUGAAUGGGUACCUACUACUUCAGAUAUUCCCUCGUCAACAACUUCUGAAGUACCAACAACAGUUACAGAAGAGGUACCCACCACUUAUGAGCCAACAACGAUUGUUUUACCUAGUACUACAACAACACAAGGUCCUAUAACAACAACUUAUGAACCUACUACUGAAGAAUCUACUUCAACACAUGAUCCAACAACGAUUGUUGUUCCUACAUCAACAACAGAAACUGCAGAACCUACUCAUGAGCCUUCGACAACUUGGGUACCUACUACUACAGAUGAAUCUCCAACAACUGAAAACGAUGUGCCAACAACAGUAUGGCCAUCUACUUCAGAGGUACCAACAACACAAGGAUCGACUGAGACUGAUGUGCCAACAACAACAUAUAUUCCAACAACACAGGCUCCUACAUCAACACAGGGAUCAACUGAAACUGAUGUGCCAACAACAUCAUGGCCAUCUACUUCAGAUGUGCCAACAACAACAUAUGUACCAACAACACAGUCUUCCACAACAACACAGGGUUCAACUGAAACUGAUGUACCAACAACUCAGGGACCCACAGAGACUGAUGUACCAACAACAGUAUGGCCAUCUACUUCAGAGGUUCCCUCAACUACAUAUGUGCCAACAACACAGUCUCCAACAACCACACAAGGACCCACAGAGACUGAUGCACCAACAACUUAUGUACCAACAACCCAGGGAUCAACUGAAACUGAUGUACCAACGACAGCAUGGCCGUCUACUUCAGAUGUGCCAACAACAACAUACAUACCAACAACACAGUCUUCUUCAACAACGCAGGGAUCAACUGAAACUGAUGUCCCAACAACAGCAUGGCCGUCUACUUCAGAUGUGCCAACAACAACAUACAUACCAACAACACAGUCUUCUUCAACAACGCAGGGAUCAACUGAAACUGAUAUCCCAACAACAGCAUGGCCGUCUACUUCAGAUGUACCAACAACAACUUAUAUUCCAACAACACAGUCAUCUACAACAACACAGGGAUCAACUGAAACUGAUGUCCCAACAACAGCAUGGCCAUCUACAUCAGAGGUGCCAACAACACAAGGUUCUACAGAGGCUGAUGUGCCAACAACAACUUACAUACCAACAACACAGUCUUCCACAACAACACAGGGUCCAUCUGAAACUGAUGUGCCUACAACAGCUUGGCCAUCAACUUCAGAAGUGCCAACAACAACAUAUAUACCAACAACACAGGGACCAACUGUCACUGACGGGCCAACUACAUCUGAAGUACCACCAACAACGCCACAAGAUACUACAUAUGUACCAACAACACAAGCUCCCACUAGCACCCAGGGACCAACUGAAACUGAUGGCCCAACAACAGCAUGGCCAUCAACUUCUGAGGUGCCUACUACAACAGAGAACCCAACAACUUGGGAAACUCCUAUCAUACCUAGUUCAACAUCCACAUAUGAACCUACGACUAUUGUUGUACCUACAACAGUGACUACUAAUGUACCAACAACAGGUAUAACAGAAGAAUCAACAGAAACUACAUCUGAUGUACCAACAACUUAUGAUCCAACAACAUCACAAGGUUCUUCAACAACAGAUAUACCUACUGUGCCAUCAACAACAUCGGUACCUACAACUUACGAGCCAACAACAUCACCGACAACAACAUACGACCCAACAACCGAGGGAUCGUCAACAACACAAGGACCUACUGUUACUGACAUUCCAACAACUAAUUGGCCUUCUACUUCAGACGUACCAUCAACACAGGUUCCCACAUCUACCCAGGGACCAACUGAAACUGAUGUGCCAACAACAGCUUGGCCUACCACUUCUGACUUACCAACAACAACAUAUGUGCCAACAACACAUGUUCCUACUACUACUGAGGGAUCAACUGAAAUUGAUGUGCCGACAACAGCUUGGCCAUCUACUUCAGACGUACCAACAACAACAUACAUCCCAACAACACAGUCUCCAACAACAACGGAAGGCUCUUCAACAACACAAGGGUCUACUGUUACUGAUAUUCCAACAACUAAUUGGCCUACCACUUCUGACGUACCAACAACAACAUAUAUUCCAUCUACCCAGGGACCUACUGAAACUGAUGUGCCAACAACGAAUUGGCCUUCCACUUCAGACGCGCCAACAACAACAUCUCAGGAUACAACAUACAUCCCAACAACACAAGGACCAACAACAACAGAUGUACCCACAGUCACUGAUGGCUCUACGACAAUAUGGCCUAGCACAACUGACGUGCCAACAACAACGCCACAAGAUACUACAUAUGUACCAACAACACAGGGACCCACUGUCACUGAUGGGCCAACAACAUCUGAAGUACCACCGACAACACAGGGACCGACAGAGACUGCUGUGCCAACAACUAAUUGGCCAUCAACUUCAGAUGUGCCAACAACAACUUAUAUUCCAUCAACACAGGCUCCCACAACAACAGAAGGACCCACUGUUACUGACAUUCCAACAACUAAUUGGCCUUCUACUUCCGAUUUUCCAACAACAACGUCCCAGGAUACAACGUACAUCCCAACAACAACAGAUGUACCCACAGUCACUGACGAGCCAAUAACAACGCCACAAGAUACAACAUAUGUACCAACAACACAGGGACCGACAUCAACUCAGGGGCCCACUGCCACUGAUGGGCCAACAACAUCUGAAAUACCAACAACAUUCUUCCCAACAACACAGGUACCGUCAUCAACUGAAACUGAUGUACCAACAACAAAUUGGCCAUCUACUACAGAUGUUCCAACAACUCAGGGACCCACAGAGACUGAUGUACCAACAACGAAUUGGCCUACUACUUCAGAGGUGCCAACAACACAGACUCCCACAACAACUGAGGCAUCAACUGAAACUGAUGUUCCUACGACUGUAUGGCCAUCAACUACAGACAUACCAACAACGACAUCACAAGAUACAACAUAUGUACCAACAACACAGGAUCCCACCACAACACAGGGACCUACAGAGACUGAUGCACCAACAACGGUAUGGCCAUCUACUUCAGACGUACCAACAACAACUUAUAUUCCAACAACACAAGCUCCCAUAACAACACAAGGACCCACAGUCACUGAUGGCCCAACAACACAGGGACCGACAGAAACUGAUGGGCCAACAACAAUUUGGCCUUCUACUUCAGACGUACCAACUACAUCUCAGGCACCGACAUCAACUCAGGGACCCACAGAGACUGAUGUACCACCAACAACACCACAAGAUACUACAUAUGUACCAACAACACAAGCUCCUACAAGUACCCAGGGUCCAACUGAAACUGAUGUACCAACAACUAAUUGGCCAUCUACAUCAGAGGUGCCAUCAACACCCACGGUCACUGAUGAUCCUUCCACUGUAGAGCCUAUAACGACUGACGUGCCAACAACAACGCCACAAGAUACUACGUAUAUACCAACAACACAGGCUCCUAGCAGUACUGAUGUUCCAACAACGACAUACGUGCCAACAACUGAAACUGAUGUUCCUACGACAGUAUGGCCAUCAACUUCAGACAUACCAACAACAACGCCACAAGAUACAACUUACAUUCCAACAACUCAGGGACCAACAUCAACUCAGGGACCAACAGAGACUGAUGUCCCAACAACUAAUUGGCCAUCUACUUCUGACGUGCCAACAACAACUUAUAUUCCAACAACACAGGCUCCCAUAACAACACAAGGACCCACAGUCACUGAUGGGCCAACAACACAGGGACCGACAGAAACUGAUGUGCCAACAACAAAUUGGCCGUCUACUUCUGAUAUACCAACAACAACACCACAAGAUACUACAUAUGUACCAACAACACAAGCUCCCACAAGUACCCAGGGACCAACUGAAACUGAUGUGCCAACAACAGCAUGGCCGUCUACUUCAGACGUGCCAACCACAACUUACAUUCCAACAACACAAGCGCCUACUACUACCCAGGGACCAACUGAAACUGAUGUGCCAACAACAAAUUGGCCAUCUACUUCAGAUGAGCCAACAACAACUAACAUUCCAACAACACAGGCUCCUACAACAACAACAGAACCUACAGUUACUGACGGACCUUCAACUAUAGGGCCCAUAACUACAGAUUUACCAACAACUACGCCAGAUGAUACUACAGACUUCCCAACAACAACCCAGGGUCCCACAGUCACUGACGGACCAACUACGUCUGAAAUACCAACAACAACCCAGGGUCCCACAGUCACUGAUGGACCAACUACGUCUGAAAUACCAACAACAACACAGGGACCAACUGUCACUGAUGGACCAACUACGUCUGAAAUACCAACAACAACACAGGGUCCCACAGUCACUGACGGACCAACUACGUCUGAAAUACCAACAACAACACAGGGACCCACAGUCACUGACGGACCAACUACGUCUGAAAUACCAACAACAACACAGGGUCCCACAGUCACUGACGGACCAACUACGUCUGAAAUACCAACAACAACACAGGGACCCACAGUCACUGACGGACCAACUACGUCUGAAAUACCAACAACAACACAGGGUCCCACUGUUACUGAUGGACCAACUACGUCUGAAAUACCAACAACAACACAGGGUCCCACUGUUACUGAUGGACCAACUACGUCUGAAAUACCAACAACAACACAGGGUCCCACAGUCACUGAUGGACCAACUACGUCUGAAAUACCAACAACAACACAGGGUCCCACUGUUACUGAUGGACCAACUACGUCUGAAAUACCAACAACAUCACAAGAUACAACAUAUGUACCAACAACACAAGCUCCCAUAACAACCCAGGGACCAACUGAAACUGAUGUGCCAACAACUCAGGGACCUACAGUCACUGACGGCCCAACAACAAAUUGGCCUACUACAUCAGAUGCUCCAACAUCUCAGGAAACUACUUAUAUUCCAACAACUCAGGGACCAACUGAAACUGAUGGACCAACAACAUAUGUUCCAACAACACAGGGACCUACAGAGACUGACGCACCAACAACAACUUACACUCCAACAACACAGGAACCUACAGUCACUGACGGCCCAACAACGACAUAUGUUCCAACAACUCAGGGACCUACAGAAACCGAUGGCCCAACAACAACAGAUAUACCAACAACUGAGGGACCUACAGAGACUGACGCACCAACAACAAAUUGGCCGUCUACUUCUGACGAGCCAACAACAAUUAACAUUCCAACUACACAGUCUCCUACAACAACCCAGGGACCGACUGAAACCGAUGUGCCAACAACACAGGGACCUACAGAGACUGAUGCACCAACAACAAUUUGGCCGUCUACUUCAGACGUGCCAACAACAACUUACAUUCCAACAACACAGGAACCUACAGUCACAGACGGGCCAACAACGACUUAUGUACCAACAUCAGAGGGACCUACAGAGACUGAUGCACCAACAACAUAUGUGCCAACAACACAGGAACCUACAGUCACAGACGGCCCAACAACGACAUAUGUUCCAACAACACAGGGACCUACAGUCACAGAUGGGCCAACAACGACAUAUGUACCAACAACACAGGACCCUACUGUCACAGAUGGCCCAACAACGACAUAUGUUCCAACAACACAGGACCCUACAGUCACAGAUGACCCAACAACGACAUAUGUACCAACAACACAGGGACCUACAGAGACUGAUGCACCAACAACAAUUUGGCCAUCUACUUCUGACGCACCAACAACAACUUACAUUCCAACUACACAGUCUCCUACAACAACGCAGGGACCAACUGAAACUGAUGCACCAACAACACAGGAACCUACAGUCACUGACGGCCCAACAACGACAUAUGUACCAACAACACAGGAACCUACAGAAACUGAUACACCAACAACAAAUUGGCCAUCUACUACAGACGUGCCGACAACAACACCUUCUGACAAUCCAACAACAGAAUGGACGACCACAGACGUUCCAACAACAGAAAUAACAGAACCAUCUUCUACACAGGCGCCAACAACAAACAACCCAGAUGCAACUGAUGUGACAACAACAGUGACCACUGAUUAUCCGACAACGGAAGAGUAUGAUCCAUGUCCAUUAGGCACUUAUGGGAAUGUGCCCCAUCCAGAACUUUGUAAUGCUUUCUAUCUGUGUGUGAGUGGAGUAGCUGUGCAACUGUUGUGUCCAAAUGGUCAUGAAUUUGAUAGAGAAACUAAGGUCUGCGUGCCCAUAGCCCCAGGCGGUUGCACCUUAGGACCUAUAACUACUACAACGGAUGCAACAGACACCACAUCAGAUGCACAUUUGACAACCCCUAGUAUCCCCACUACCACAGUCUCGGAUACUGAAGAGAUUUGCGCAGAAGGCGUGUGGGGUAACAUACCCCAUCCUACGCGUUGUGAUUCGUUCUAUAUGUGUGCUGCGGGCAAUGCUAUACAGUUGUAUUGUAGUGAAGGUUUUGAAUUCGAUCCGGAAGUUCGGCAAUGCGUCCUCAUCGCCGAAGGAGGCUGUACAAUGGGCUCUACAACAACGACCCCCGUACCUACUACCCAGGACCCCGUCAGCGCUCUCUGUCCUAUCGGCUCCUGGGGCAAUGUCCCCCAUCCUGAGCUCUGCAACUCCUUCUACCUGUGCACUGGGGGUCAAGCUAUACAGUUGUUCUGUAGCGAUGGCUUUGAGUUCGAUCCUGAGUUACGGACUUGCGUCCUAAUAGCCGAAGGGGGUUGUACUUAUGGCUUAAGCACAACUUCAUCGGGAACAGAAACAACGACUUCCGAAGGCUUCCAAUCGACUACAACUAACGUGCAGACGACUACGGACAGCGAGACACCGACUUCCAUGCCACCGACUUCUAUGCCAACGACUUCUGUGCCAACGACUACAGAAGCUUAUGAUCCAUGUCCUAUAGGAGUUAUAGGCAAUGUUCCUCAUCCGACAUCGUGUAAUUUGUAUUACAUGUGUAUGAAUGGAAUUUCUAUGGAACUCAGUUGUCCUGAAGGAUUUGAAUUUGAUGAUAUUAGCAAGGGUUGUAUCGAAAUAGCCCCCGGUGGCUGCACUCUCGGAUCUGGCACAACGAUUGGUAACACUGAAACAACUUCAGAAUCCUCAUCAACAACGUCAGAAAGUUCUGAACUUACAUCAACAACUGCACAGAAUACGGAGACAACGACUUCGGCAUACGAUACCACCACAAUAGCAGGUUCUUCAACAACGUCUGACAAUUCUGAGGAGACUACUGAAUUUUCAUCAACAACACAAAAUGUUGACACAACAACUUCAGACAAUGUUGCAACAACUACGCUAGCUUCAACAACAUCUGACAAUUCUGAAACCACUACAAUUGCUUCAUCAAUGACUUCAGAAAGUUCUGAUACGACCGCAGAACCUUCAUCAACAACACAAAAUGUUGAUACAACUACUACAGACAUUGUUGGCACAACUACAGAAGGUUCAUUAACGACGUCAGAAAGUGUUGACACAACAACGUCUGGCAAUUUAGACACAACUACAGAAGCUUUGUCAACAACGUCAGAAGGUUCUGACACAACAACAGAACUUUCAUCAACAACUUCAGACAGUGUUGGCACAACUACAGAAGCUUUAUCAACGUCAGAAAGUUCAGACACAACAACAGACCUUUCAUCAACAACACAAAAUGUUGACACGACAACGUCAGAAGUUAUAAGCACAACAACAUCAGACAAUUCCGAUUCAACAGCAGACCCUACAUCAACAACUUCUGACACAUCAGACACUACAACAACAACAACAACAGUUGUUGAUGACAUAGAAACAACGUCAGAACCUUACGAUCCUUGUCCUAUUGGCGUGUUCGGUAAUGUACCACACCCAACCGAGUGUAAUUUAUAUUACAUGUGUCUGAAUGGUGUGCCUGUACAGUUAACUUGUCCGAGUGGAUUUGAGUUCGAUCCUACAAGCAGGACAUGCGUAGCCAUCGCCGAAGGUGGAUGCACCCUAGGAUCCAUCACCACAACUCCUGGCUUGGAAGUCAAGGACCCAGAAGACACGACUCCCAAUCACCCAGUCUCCGUAGAUCCCACGGAUAUAACUACAGUAGUGACAGAAGCGCCAUUCGUUUGUCCUGCAGGAGUAUUCGGCAAUGUGGCUCAUCCAGAAAUUUGUGAUGCUUUCUAUGUAUGUACGGGUAGUUCUGUGAUACAGUUGUACUGCAGUGCUGGGUUUGAAUUUGAUCCGGAGACUAGUGUCUGCUUCCCCAUAGCCGAAGGUGGUUGUACCCUCGGCUCUGGUACCACCACGAUCGUCCCCACUACCACCACGGAAGCACCACUAUGCCCCAUAGGACAGUGGGGGAAUAUACCCCACCCGGAGCUUUGUAACUCAUUCUAUACGUGUGUCGGGGGCACCGCUAUUCAAUUGUUCUGUAGUGAUGGGUUUGAAUAUGAUCCGGAGUUGAGGACCUGUGUAGCCAUAGCUGAAGGAGGAUGUACUCUAGGAUCACAAACAACAUCAACUACUGAAACAACACCAUCUGAUUCAACAACAACAGAAAGUUCUGAAACAUCAACAGACAGUGAUCAAGUUUCUGACGAAGAUUCUGACGAUCUGACUCCUGGUGAUGCAGUCACUACUCAACGUCCUGAUAACUCUAAAGAAGAUUCUGAUGAAAUAACAACUACUACUGAAGCAGGGACUACUGAAUGGGGGACUACUGAAUCAUCAACUACUGAAUUAGUUAAUGAAACUACUAUAUUUGACUACGAUUCAAUUAAUAUGACUGAAUCAUCAACUACACUAUCAACUACCGAUUCUACUGAAAGCACUACCUCAUAUCUAACAACGGAGUCAUCAACAACUGUUGAUGAUCUAACUACAGAAGCUGAUUUAACAACUACCGUUGCAUCUACAGAAUAUCCUGAAUCAACGACUGAUAGCACAACUGAUUACAGUUCUACAUCUACUACGCUAGAUUAUACAGAUACUACAUUAGAUUACACAGAUACUACAGAAGAUUACAAUACUACUACAGAAGAUUACACUACUACUACAGAAGAGUAUAAUACUACUACAGAAUCGUCUACAGUAACAGAUGCAACGACAACAACAGAAGGUUCAGAUGCAACAACUGUUGCACCUAUAUGUCCCAUGGGUGUGUUCGGUAAUGUGCCGAAUCCAGAGAGAUGUGAUGGGUAUUAUAUGUGUAGUGGAGGUUUAGCUAUACCGUUGUUCUGUCCUGAAGGAUUUGAAUAUGACCCUGAAGCAAGGACCUGUGUAUUAAUAGCCGAAGGUGGUUGUACUCUUGGACCAAGCACGGAAUCCAAUACCAAUAUACCUGAUACGACGGAAGAAACAACUUCGUCACCAGUAGAAACAACUUCGGUCCCAGUAGAAACAACUUCGCAAAGUGUAGAAACAACUUCGCAAAGUGUAGACACUACUACAGCGGCUCCAAUCUGUCCUGUGGGAGUGUUCGGAAACGUGCCUCAUCCAGAUAGAUGUGAUGCCUUCUACACUUGUGCUGGUGGAAAUGCAAUUCUUUUGGUCUGCAGUCAAGGUCAUGAAUUUGACCCUGAGACAAGGACUUGCGUCGUCAUUGCUGAAGGUGGAUGCACACUUGGAUCAGGUACCACACAAGCUGACACAACUCCAAAGCCAAGCUCAACCACGGAAGCAAGCGAGACGACUUCUACUUCGUCCCCAGUAGAAACAACUUCGGAAAAUGUACAGACAACUACGAACAAUGUAGAGACAACUACGAACAAUGUACAAACAACUACAAACAAUGUACAGACAACUACACAAAAUGAGGAACCUUUAUGUCCACCUAACUUCUGGGGCAAUGUGGCUCACCCGGAGAUUUGCUCUUCCUUCUAUUUGUGCACCAAUGGCAUGGCUAUACAGUUGCAUUGUAGUUCUGGAUUCGAGUUCGAUCCCGUUGCAAGGGAAUGUGUAGCAAUCGCGGAAGGCGGUUGUACCCUUGGUUCAGCCACAGAAACGACUUCCAACUCACCGACUGCAACUCCGGAAUAUAUUCCUACAUCUUCGGAAUAUGUACCCACAACUACGGAAGACGGGGCAACACCGCCCCCACUAUGUCCUGUAGACUACUGGGGCAAUGUGGCACACCCAGACAUCUGCUCGUCUUUCUAUCUGUGCACUAAUGGCAUAGCUAUACAGUUGCAUUGUAGCUCUGGAUUUGAGUUUGAUCCUGUGUCUAAGUCCUGCGUUGAAAUCGCACCCGGAGGCUGUACCCUCAGCAACAUACCAACCACAACGGGAACAGAACCCACAGCCACCCCAGCGCCUACCACCACCACGACUGCUAAACCCACGACAGAGUACAUAAAGACUACCACGAACUUCAUGUGUCCUUCAGAGUUUAUUGGUAACUUGCCUGACCCUGAAAACUGUAACGGCUUCUACAGUUGUAUUGAUGGGGUCCCGGUGAAGUUGUACUGCGCUGAAGGAUAUGAGUUUGAUGCUGAAAAACUUAGUUGUGUUGUAAUUGCUGAAGGAGGCUGUACUCUCGGAAAUUCACAAACUCCACCAUCAGAUGAAAACGUUCAAACAACAGUUUCUGAUUCAACAACAACAAAUCUACCAACAACACUGCCUUCAGAACCAACAACAGGUGUUGAUGAGAAUGAAACGCCAGCCCCAGCUGAUUCAGAAGAGGUCACUUUUGAACCUACAACUGAAGAUAUAGUGUCGGAAACUACUGUAAAACCAACAACUACUGAAGGACCAGUUUCUACAGUACCAACAACUGUAACUCCAGGCCCUACGACUUCUGAAGCAGUUGGUACGACUUCAGAAGAACCUAUAACUACUACUACUCCGGAAGUUCCUACUACGACUCCUGAAGCGACUAGUAUAACUCCAGAAGCAGGCACUACCACUCCGGUAGCCAUUACUACCACUCCGGAAGCAGUUACUACUACUCCGGUAGCCAUUACUACCACUCCGGAAGCAGUUACUACCACUCCGGGCGUUAUUACUACAACUCCGGAACUAAUUACUACAACUCCGGAACUAACUACCACUACUCUGGAAGCUAUUACUACUACUCCGGAAGCAGUUACUACCACUCCGCAACCAACUACAACUACGGAAGCAGUAGAAACGACUACAGCAAGAGUGAUAUGUCCUCCGGGAGUAUUCGGAACAGUGCCAGACCCUGACAGAUGUGAUGCCUUCUAUAGAUGCAUGGGGGCAAUACCACCGUUGCAUCUAACAUGCUCUGCUGGAUUUGAAUAUGACCAUUCCGUUAUGAACUGUGUGGCAAUAGCCGAAGGAGGUUGUACACUUGGAAAUGGUUCUCAAACAGACCCAGAUGCAACCACAACUUCCGAACAAACAACCACAUCUUCGGAACAACCAACUACAGUAUCGGAAUUGACAACUUUGACUCCGGAUAACCCAACUACAAAUGACUCCCCAACAACGAUCUCAGAGGACGUUAAGACAACAUAUGAACCUACAAUUGGAGAUGUAGUAACAACAACAACGGUUAAACCAACUACAGAAGAUCUAACUACUUCUGAAUCUGUUACUACAACAGAACUACCAACAAGUCUUACUCCAGAAGCCACUACCACUUCGGAACAGUCACCUACAUUACCAGGAUUAACAACUCUUCCUUCUGAUGAAAUAACUGCUACCGAACAAGCUCCAACGACAUUAAGUCCAACAACUGUAACUGCAGAUGCUACAACUCCCGAAGUAGCGGCUACGACUCCCGAAGCAGCUACUACCACUUCCGAAGCAGCUACUACAACUCCCGAAUCAGUUACUUCGACUCCCGAAGUAGCUACUACGACUCUCGAAAUAGCUACUACGACUCCCGAAGCAGCUACUACCACUCCGGAACCCAUUACUACCACUCCGGAUAUAACUACUACUACUACGGAAACAGUAGAGACAACUACAGCCCCCGUAAUAUGUCCUCCCGGAGUAUUCGGUACUUUGCCAGACCCUGAGAGGUGUGAUAGGUUCUAUAGAUGCAUGGGGGCUGUCCCACCAUUGCAUCUGACAUGCUCAGCUGGAUUAGAAUAUGACCAUUCAGCCAUGGGUUGUGUGGAAAUUGCCGAAGGUGGUUGCACGCUAGGAAAUAACCCUGCAACCAGACCAGAUGAAACAACCACACCUGCAGCGAUAACCACGACAUCAAUCCCUACUACCCUAGAGGAUACUACAACUCCGGAAGCCAGCACUUCAACUCAAGAGGCAAUACCUACCAAUCCGGGACCCAUUGCUACAACUGAAGAGGCAGUUUCUACCACUCCAGAAGCAAUUACUACCACUCCGGAAGCAAUUACUACCACUCCGGUAGCAGUUACUACUCCGGAACCGGUCACUACAACUACGGAAGGCAUUACUACCACUCCGGAAGCAAUAACUACCACCCCGGAAGCAAUUACCACCACUCCGGAAUCGAUUACUACCACUCCGGAAGCAAUCACUACCACUCCGGAAGCAAUUACUACCACUCCGAUAGCAGUUACUACUCCGGAACCGGUCACUACAACUACGGAAGGCAUUACUACCACUCCGGAAGCAAUAACUACCACCCCGGAAGCAAUUACCACCACUCCGGAAUCGAUUACUACCACUCCGGAAGCAAUCACUACCACUCCGGAAGCAAUUACUACCACUCCGAUAGCAGUUACUACUCCGCAACCGGUCACUACGACUACGGAAGCAGUAGAAACGACUACAGCUACAGUAAUAUGUCCUCCGGGAGUAUUCGGUACAGUGCCAGACCCUGAGAGGUGUGAUAGGUUCUAUAGAUGCAUGGGGGCUGUCCCACCAUUGCAUCUGACGUGCUCAGCUGGAUUAGAAUAUGACCAUUCGGCCAUGGGUUGUGUGGAAAUAGCUGAAGGUGGUUGUACGCUAGGAAAUAACGGUGAAAACAGACCAGACGAAACAACCACAACUCCGGAAUUAACUACUACCACUCCGGAACUAACUACUACCACUCCGGAACUGACUACCUCAACUCCGGAGCUCACCACCACAACUCCGAAAAUAACUACCACAACUCCGGAAUUAACUACCACAACUCCGGAACUAACUACAUCCACUCCGGAACUGACUACCACAACUCCGGAAAUAACUACCACGACUCCGGAACUAACUACUACCACUCCGGAACUAACUACCUCUACCCCGGAAUUAACCACCAUCACUCCGGAAGCGACUACCACAACUCCGAAAUUAACUACUAACACUCCGGAAUUAACUACAACUCCAGAACUAACUACUACCACUCCGGAACUAACUACUACCACUCCGGAAGCGACUACCACAACUCCGGAAGUCACUACCACUCCGGAAUUAACUACAACUACGACUGCAGCCCCACAAUUAUGUCCUCCCGGUGUAUUCGGGACUGUCCCGGACCCUGAAAGAUGUGAUGCCUUCUAUCGAUGCAUGGGAGCGGUGCCGCCAUUGCAUCUAACUUGUCCAACUGGUUUUGAGUACGAUCCGUCAGUGCAGAAUAAUUGCGUCCUCAUAGCCGAAGGAGGUUGUACUCUUCGGAAAUCAGCCCAAGCUUCGUCGUUCCUCAAUCAAAAUGGGACUUCAGAAACCCUGGAUGCUCAGGACAUUGAUAUAGAAGAGUCUACUAAGCUAUUGGUAGAGAUAAUGUGUCCUGUAGGUACUUAUGGCAAUGUGAAGGACCCGGCUGGAUGUGAAUCGUACUAUUUCUGUGGAGGCGGUACAGUUAUGAAGAUGUACUGCAGUCAAGGAUUUGAAUUUGAUGAUGUUACGAAGUCUUGCUCUCCAAUGUCACAAAAUGGCUGCACGGCAAAAUUAAAAGGAAAACUGGUCUGAUCGCUAAAAAAUAUGACAGCUGAACAAAAUGAAUAACGGCGUACUUUGACAUUUUACUGAACAAUCUCUUACAAAAUAACUUCCUAUACAUUUUCCCAAUUUACGCAGCUUCUAAAAGUGCUAGAGAUAUGUUAAAUAGCUUAAAAUCUUCUUUAAUAAUUGGGCUUUACAAUGUUGAAAGAAUUUUUCUAAUCUGACUAGUAGUUUCGGAGAUACACGCGUUGAAAUAAACACACAAGUUUGUAAGUUGUCAGAGUCUAUGACAAAAUUGUUGUAUGUGCCAAAAACACAAAAAAAUACAAACUUAAGUAUAUUGAUUUUAAAUAAAUUAUUUUGUAAUAGAUUGUUCAAUAAAUAAAUAAUUGUUUGUAUAUAAAUAAAUGCAUUACUUAGUAAUGAAACUUUGAGAUCUACAACUUAUAAAAUGAUUGAUAAAAUUGAAUGAUAGAUCGAGAUGGAGUGAGGAAUCUGCUAGAAAAAAGAAAUAGAUAAAAUAAGAGUUUUUUUAAGUGGAGAAGAUAUAGAAUUUUUCAAUGCAAUUUUUCUAGUAGGGCAGUUAACAUUUUUGAUUAUUUUGGCAGGGUAAUUUUUUUUUCAAUAUGUUUCAUAAGUCCCAAGAUUGCUCGAUUCAUCAGAUUUCAUCAAUCAUUUUUUAUCAAUCAAUCAAUAAAAAGAAUCUGAUUUUUCAAAUAUUUAUUUUUAUUUUACAUAUAUUUGUUAAAUUAAUAUUUGAAAUAACUUUCGCACUGUGACCAAUGUAUUUUGUAUAGAAAUAGGAUUAAUAAUUAUUUAUUGUAUUUUAAUAUUUUUAAGGAAGAAUUUGUAUUAAAAGUAAACCAAAGGUCGACCAAAAAAUAAAAUGAAGGUGCGAAAAAUAGUUGUAAAUAAAAAGUUUCAUUUUUUAA